GUGUUGCAUCACUUCGGGCGCCGGGCCGCAACGUGGGCGCAGGUUCCUUCACAGACUUGGCGGCUCGGGGGCCCCGCAGCAACAAAAUGGUUCAACAAGUUCCAGAAAACAUCAAUUUUCCUGCUGAAGAAGAGAAAAUCUUACAGUUCUGGUCCGAAUUUAAUUGUUUUCGGGAAUGCUUAAAGCAAUCAAAACAUAGACCAAAAUUUACUUUCUACGAUGGGCCUCCUUUUGCAACUGGACUGCCUCACUAUGGACAUAUACUUGCAGGGACAAUUAAAGAUAUAGUUACAAGAUAUGCUCACCAGAGCGGGUUUCAUGUUGACAGAAGAUUUGGAUGGGAUUGUCAUGGCUUACCUGUGGAAUAUGAAAUUGAUAAGACACUGGGAAUCAGAGGACCAGAGGAUGUUGCCAAAAUGGGGAUCGCAGAGUAUAAUAAUCAGUGCCGAGCAAUUGUAAUGAGGUAUUCCACUGAGUGGAAGUCAACUGUUAACAGACUUGGCCGAUGGAUUGACUUUGACAAUGACUACAAAACUCUGUAUCCACAAUUCAUGGAAUCUGUCUGGUGGGUCUUCAAACAACUCUAUGAUAAAGGCCUGGUUUAUAGAGGCGUGAAAGUCAUGCCUUUCUCCACCGCAUGCAACACUCCACUUUCCAACUUUGAAUCGCACCAGAAUUAUAAGGAUGUUCAAGAUCCCUCAAUAUUUAUAACUUUCCCUUUGGAGGAGGAUGAAAAUAUAUCUUUAGUUGCUUGGACAACUACUCCCUGGACUCUACCUAGUAACCUUGCCCUCUGUGUUAAUCCAGAUAUGCAGUAUGUGAAGAUUAAAGAUGUUGCCAGAGGAAAAUUACUCAUUUUAAUGGAAGCCAGAUUAUCAGCCCUCUAUAAAUUGGAGAGUGACUAUGAGAUCCUUGAAAGAUUUCCUGGUGCCUAUCUCAAAGGCAAGAAAUACAGGCCCCUGUUUGACUAUUUUGUGAAGUGUAAAGAGAAUGGUGCUUUCACUGUGCUUGUCGACAGCUAUGUGAGGGAAGAAGAAGGCACGGGGGUUGUGCACCAAGCCCCUUACUUCGGUGCUGAUGAUUAUCGGGUCUGUGUGGACUACAACAUUAUUCAGAAAGACUCACUUCCUGUUUGCCCUGUGGAUUCUUCAGGCUGCUUCACAGCAGAAGUGACACAUUUCUCGGGACAAUAUGUGAAGGAUGCUGACAAAAAUAUCAUCCGGAUCUUGAAGGAACAAGGCCGACUUCUUGUUGCCGGCACCUUCACUCACAGCUACCCUUUCUGCUGGAGGUCAGACACUCCCCUUAUUUACAAAGCAGUGCCCAGUUGGUUUGUGCGAGUGGAGCACAUGGUGGACCAGCUACUGAAGAACAAUGACCUGUGCUACUGGGUUCCAGAGUUUGUGCGAGAAAAGCGAUUUGGAAAUUGGCUGAAAGAUGCACGUGACUGGGCAAUUUCCAGAAACAGAUACUGGGGCACCCCCAUCCCACUGUGGGUCAGUGAUGACCUGGAAGAGGUAGUAUGCAUUGGGUCAGUGGCAGAACUUGAAGAGCUGUCAGGAGCAAAGAUCUCAGAUCUCCACAGAGAGAGCAUUGACCACCUGACCAUCCCUUCACGCUGUGGGAAGGGGUCGUUGCACCGCAUCUCUGAAGUGUUUGACUGCUGGUUCGAGAGUGGCAGCAUGCCUUAUGCUCAGGUUCAUUAUCCAUUUGAAAGUAAGAGGGAGUUUGAAGACACUUUUCCUGCAGACUUCAUUGCUGAAGGCAUUGACCAAACCAGAGGAUGGUUUUACACCCUGCUGGUGCUGGCCACAGCUCUCUUUGGAAAACCACCUUUCAAGAACGUGAUUGUGAAUGGGCUCGUCCUGGCAAGUGAUGGCCAAAAAAUGAGCAAACGAAAGAAGAAUUAUCCAGAUCCGGUUUCCAUCAUCCAUAAAUAUGGUGCUGAUGCCCUCAGAUUAUAUCUGAUUAACUCCCCUGUGGUGAGGGCAGAAAACCUCCGCUUUAAGGAGGAGGGUGUGCGGGAUGUCCUUAAGGAUGUGCUGCUCCCAUGGUACAAUGCGUAUCGCUUCUUCAUCCAGAACAUCCUGCGGCUCCAGAAGGAGGAAGAAGUGGAAUUCCUCUACAACGAGAACACGGUUAGAGAAAGCCCCAACAUUACAGACCGGUGGAUCCUGUCCUUCAUGCAGUCACUUGUUGGGUUCUUUGAGACCGAGAUGGCAGCUUACAGGCUUUACACUGUGGUGCCUCGCCUGGUCAAGUUUGUGGAUGUUCUGACCAAUUGGUAUGUCAGAAUGAACCGCAGAAGAUUAAAGGGUGAAAAUGGGAUGGAGGAUUGCAUUAUGGCCCUGGAAACCUUGUUUAGUGUUCUGCUUUCUCUGUGCAGACUUAUGGCCCCCUAUACCCCUUUCCUCACUGAGCUGAUGUACCAGAACCUGAAGAUGCUGCUUGAUCCUGCUUCUGUCCAGGACAAGGACACACACAGCAUCCACUACCUCAUGCUACCCCAUGUUCGAGAGGAAUUGAUUGACAAGAAAACUGAGAGUGCAGUAUCUAGAAUGCAGUCUGUGAUUGAACUUGGGCGAGUGAUUCGAGACCGCAAAACUAUUCCAAUAAAGUAUCCUUUGAAAGAAAUUGUGGUUAUCCAUCAAGAUCCAGAAUCUCUUAAAGAUAUCAAGUCUUUGGAGAAGUAUAUCAUGGAGGAAUUGAAUGUUCGAAAAGUUACACUGUCUACAGAUAAAAACAAGUAUGGUAUUCGGCUAAGGGCAGAACCGGAUCACAUGGUCCUGGGGAAACGUCUGAAGGGAGCCUUUAAAGCGGUGAUGAUGUCCAUCAAGCAGUUGAGCAGUGAGGAGCUGGAGCAGUUCCAGAAGAGUGGGACCAUUGUUGUGGAAGGCCACGAAUUGCAUGAAGAAGACAUCCGCCUCAUGUACACCUUUGAUCAGGCCACAGGUGGGACUACCCAGUUUGAAGCACACUCAGAUGCUCAGGCUUUGGUUCUCUUAGACAUCACCCCUGACCAGUCCAUGGUGGAUGAAGGAAUGGCUCGAGAAGUCAUCAAUCGCAUCCAGAAACUUCGCAAAAAGUGCAAUCUGGUUCCAACUGAUGAAAUAACAGUUUAUUAUAAAGCAAAGUCAGAAGGAAUGUAUCUGAAUAAUGUUAUUGAAAGCCACACUGAAUUCAUACUUGCCACUGUAAAGGCUCCCUUGAAACCAUAUCCAGUUCCUACAUCAGAUAAAAUUCUUAUUCAAGAAAAAACAGAGUUAAAAGGGUCUGAACUGGAAAUUACACUCACCAGAGGAGCCUCCCUGCCUGGUCCUGUAUGUGCCUAUGUCAAUCUUAACAUCUGUGCAAAUGACUGUGAGCAAGGUGGAGUAUUGCUUCUGGAAAAUCCAAAAGGCGAUAAUAGGUUGGACCUUUUAAAAUUUAAGAGUGUUGUUUCUAGCAUUUUUGAUGUUGAAAAUACAGAGCUGGCUGUCUUCCAUGGUGCAACAGAAAUACAAAACCAAACUGACUUACUGAGUCUUAGUGGGAAAACACUCUGUGUGACUACAGGGUCAGCUCCCUCUCUGAUCAACAGCCCUAGUACUCUUCUCUGUCAGUACAUCAACCUGCAGCUUUUGAACACAGAGCCACAAGAAUGUUUAAUGGGAACUGUGGGUACUCUCCUGCUUGAAAACCCAAUAGGACAGAAUGGACUCACCCACCAAGGUCUUCUGUGUGAAGCAGCCAAAGUGUUUGGCCUUCGGAGCAGGAAGCUAAAGCUGUUUCUGAAUGAGACUCAAACACAAGAAAUCACAGAAGACAUCCCCAUGAAGACUCUGAAUAUGAAGACCGUGUAUGUUUCUGUAUUGCCAACAACGGCAGACAUCUAGCAUUCAGUUAUCAAUGGAGUUCAACCAGCCUUUCCCUUACACUCAUCCCCUGUACAUACACAACAUGGGCACAUGGGCACAGUGGAGAUAUUUCCUUCGGGUGCAUGAAUGACUUGCUGCUUUUGGUCUGGAAUUCAAAUGGGAUUAUUUGAUCAAGUGACUUGAGACCUCACAGUAAUGUUCCCACUUAACCUUAAACACCUAUGCAGUCAUAUCGGGGGAGGGUUAUAAUGUUACCUUAGAACUACGAAGUAUAUUUCUAUACUUGAGUUCUUAAGUGCAAAAGGUAGUAGAGAUUUAAAUAUAUAUAUAUAUAUAAAUCAUUUUAUGGCCUUUUAAAAUUUAUUUGAACCAAGGUCAAAAGUUUCGGUCCCUGUACUGGCCAGCUGCCCAAAAUUUUUUUUAAAAAAACGUGAGACCUGAAGAAAUGGACAUGUUAAAUAUUUCUGCUACCUGGAUUUUCCUGGGUAAUUUGAUGAAAUGUUUUAAGUGUCAGUAAAUCAGAACAAUUAAAAAAUCCCUCUCUCA